CCCGGCCCCUCAACGCAAAGCCGAAUUUCGCAGCCAUUUCGCGCGCUUUUCCUGGAGGCGUUGGACGUGGAUCUCGUGUGUUUUGAGUGUGGUGGAAACUAGCUUAAUUAUCCCUUUAAUUACGAGGAGAUUAUGAACUUCGGUCCAGCUGCGAGGAGGAGGAUAUGAACUCUGGGAGGUCUUAAGGGAACGCGGAGCUGUGGUUGAAAGAUGGAAUUUACUCCAAAGAAACCACCAGCUACAUUUAAUUCAAGCACAGUCCGUCGGAAUCCAUAUUCGACCGGCAGUCGGAAUUACCUCAAGAAGUACCAGCACCGAGGAGGGAAGACAGGGACCCCACACUCCUCCUAUGGAACUCCUCCCAGGACCGUCUUGCAGAAACGGUUCUCGUCUCGCUCAGAGAAGAUGGUAACCAGUGCCCUGAAGACCUUGCCUCAGCCUGAGGAAGGUAACAGCCUGGGAAAAUGGCUGGGAAAGAAGGACUCCUCCCCUCAGGCCUUGAAACGUCCCUUUAGUGCAAUUAAUGGUACCGAGAAUACCAAGGACCCUUACAACAUCUUCUCGGAUAACGAGGAAGAUGUUUUUAUUCCCACCCGGAAGGAGAGCAAACCCAGCCCCAAUUCGGACAAAGAGAACUCUCUCUUUGGCCCACCGAAAGCGGGGAGUGUGAAGGUGUAUGGUAAUAAGAAAAAACCCAUGAACCUCUGCAGAUCCCGGCUUGUAAGUGAUAUUUCGCCUGAAAAGGUUGAGAAGGCUUAUGGGCCCAAGUCUUAUUUCGCAGCAGAGAAAGAAAAUGUCCCAACAGAACUGUGCAGUGAGCAGCCAGUAUCAUCAGUCACACCACCACAUCUGAUUGGAUUCCCAAACUAUGGCAACACAUGUUACCUAAAUUCAGUCAUCCAGUCGUUAUUUGGUCUCUCGUCAUUCCUACUGGAUUACCGGGUAGUGGCUUCACACCUUGAUAUGGCCCACACAUCUCUCUUCUAUGGCCUGAGUCAAGUCUUGUCCAACAGAAUGAAGGGCCAGGUAUCUGGGGUGAAGCAGUCUCUCAAAACAGUGAAAGAGAAUUUGGAACGCGUUGAUGGUUCCUUCUCUGGAUUCAAAAUGCAGGAUGCAAAUGAAUUCCUCACACGGGUCCUGGAUACCAUCAAAGACGAGAUAGACCGUUGCCACAUGACCACACCAAGUCCAGACCGCCCUUCUGGCUCGCAGGCCCUUGCAUGCACCCCAAAUGGAGAGCUUGACGAGGAAGUGUAUCUCAACGGCUGCACCAGAAGAGAUCCCAGUCCCAUUAAACAAGAUACGGGGAAAAAUAAUGAUUCUCCGACGCCUAAAAGCCCUGAAUUAGAGAAUAAAACUUACUGUAAUGGUGAGAGUACUCCAGAAGAAGUAUGCAUGGAGAAUUCACAGGACUUGGACACUGAUGAUGCACUUGCAGAAAGAAUAGCCUCAAGAGAAAACACACAGCUCGACACACCCACCAAGCACACUGCAACAGAAGUAAUCCCAAGAAAUCCAGUGAAGGACAAUUUUGAGUUUCAGUUGCUUGAAUCCUACAGAUGUUUGGGUUGUGAUGAAGUUGAAGGUAGAAAACAAGAGUAUUUUGGCCUGUAUGUCAAUCUUCCAGAAGAGGGUAGAGACACCAUUCAGGAUGCCAUAUCUUCUUACAUGAGUGCGGAUGAGAGAGAAUUGAAAUGUGAAAAAUGCCUUCACAAUCGAUCUUCAGUUGUUACCACAGUGACAAGAUUGCCUAGAAUCCUUAUUGUCCAACUCAAGAGGUAUGAAUACAAGCCAGAACAGUGUGAAAGUAUAAAGAUGUCAUCUCGAGUGCACAUAAACCGAUGGAUCACCUUAGACCCAUAUUUGACCGGCGAUGUUGAGGGGCCUUCUCCUUGGAGUCCCAAUGCUGUCAGUACCAUUGUUCCACGACCACCAAAGCAAGCAACCCUAACUGUGCGCAAUUUGUCGUCGGAACUCAAUGUUUGUGAGUCGAAGAAGGAUAAAGAUGAAUUGUGUCUGACAAGUCCAGUCAAAGCAGCUGCAAAUGUCCAAUAUACCAUUGUUCCACGACCACCAAAGCAAGCAACCCUAACUGUGCGCAAUUUGUCGUCGGAACUCAAUGUUUGUGAGUCGAAGAAGGAUAAAGAUGAAUUGUGUCUGACAAGUCCAGUCAAAGCAGCUGCAAAUGUCCCAAUAGCCAUUCCUGAUAAUGAAGACGAGGAACUUCAGGAAGUAAUGCGUCGCAGCAUGAACGAUAUCGGAGGAGGAGAAGACGAUGAGAUUCAACAAGCCAUUAGAUUGUCACUGCAAGAGCUUGGCAUGACCUACUCCCAGGAAAAUCAGGGAGAAAAUGCUGAAGAAGAGAAUGAGGAAAACAUUACCAGAAGUGCUAGUCAAGAUGACUCUGACAUUGAGAAUGGCCUGCACACCUACCGUUUGAUGAGCAUUAUCAGUCAUUUUGGGUUAACAACCAAUACAGGACAUUAUGUAUCUGAUAUCUACAAUUGCGAAGAAGGAAGUUGGUUCCACUAUGAUGAUGAAACGGUUACGAAAAUAUCCGAAUCUGUUGUUCUGGCAGAUGGAAGGCAAAAGAAUGGAUACAUCUUCUUUUACGUACACAAGUAA